UUGUGGCAGGGCGAGUCCAUGCUAUCAAAACGCAGUCUCCACUGAAGUAUCAUGCCAAAGCCACCAUAUUAGAGACCCCGCCCAGUCACAUUAUACUGACACCGGGCCAAGCAGUCUUGUUUCCAUGCUCUUACCUCUAAGUGCUGAGCGCCGAGUGGGACACCAACAAGUACCAUUGUUAAACUCUUUGGUAUGACCCGGCCCGGGUUUGAUCCUGGGUCUCCCGACGUCAAGGCUGACGAUCUAACCAUUAGGCCACGGGAGUGGUCGUCUGUGCAAAUGAAGGGUGCUUUUAUCCAUCUCAAAUGAACUCAUCGCCUUCUCUUUAUUAAACACAAGGAAAUAUUCUUGCAUGCAGCCAGAAAAGUAUAUAUAAAAGACGCCAAGUUUACAUCGUAUACAAUAUCAGGAAGGACAAUGAUUGGGUGUAAUAUACACGAGCAUAUAGCCUACUGCAUGUUAAGGACCGGCGGGAUAAUCCAUGUAUCCCAUACAGUCUGCGUCAUUUCUUGUUAUUGACAUCAGAGUGGAUGGUGAUCCCGUCAGACUCGGAUGUAGAUCACAUCAUCUCUUCCUGCCAUACAACUGCCUGUCCCGGUUAACCCUCCUUUGUUCUGGUGAGGAAAAGCACAGCUCGUGACACCACACUGUAAUUGCCGGCACGAUGUACAAGGUAACAGUUCUACUGGUGUUAUUGACAUGGAUCCGCUACAGCGCACAGCAAGACGAGUUUGUACAUGAAAUAAACUUAUCGGCAUGUGAAGCAAACGUAGUGAGAAUUCUCAAGCUCCCAGUAAUUUUCAGCAUACAUGGAGCUGGCAGGAAACCGAAGGCACCCGAAAACUCAAGUUCCGCAGACACAUGUGAUUUGGUUAUAAAUGUGGACAUGCCGUCAACAGGACUGGAAGCUCACUUCGUGAAGCGCAGCCAAUUCUUACAAGACAUGAACAUUUCCGUGUUUCAUUCCCGUCAUAACGCGGAGCAGAAUGCCACGCUGUUUACGACUGACAGCCCGGAUCUGACUACGUCAAUGUGCAUGACGUCACAUGAUGGAGUGAUGACGCUAAGAAUGUUUUAUCACGUGACAUCAGAGCUCAUGGAAAUUGAAAAGUUUUUUUAUCUAAAAAGUGUUGAUCAGUGCCGACUAAACUCCAGUGUCCCCGAUAGAGAGUCCGGUGAGUCUGUGGUUCCCUACCCCCACGACGAUGUUCAAAUCUCAGGGGAAGGUGAUGGCCCGAGGGUAGGCACCAGCGUUAAGAUCGAGACGAAUGGCCCCCCGCCUAAAGCUUCAGUAGAUAUCAUCAUUAUCACAGGGGUCGUUGUUGCUGUUCUUAUUGGACUCAUUGUGGCCGGAUUCGCAAUUAGGCGCUGGAUAGGGAACAGUAUGGCUGAGGAGCGGAGACUCAGUCAGAUCAGAGUCAACUCCCACAGUAGCCACACCCGGUCUACGUCCCCCAGUCGGCGCUCCAACCAGUCCAGAGCCUCGGUAGAUCACAGCGUGCCCAGCCCAGGAACUCUAUACGGCAGUGUGCGGAUUGGGGGUCGCCUACCUAGCAGUGAGGACGAAUCGGACAUGUUUGCUGACACCAAAUCCACCAAAACUGACAUUGAUGUUGUCUGAAGGCAUCCUGGCGUACGCGCACCAUUGGUUUGCCAGCUUAUUCUCGGCUUUAUAUUGCACAUCGUGGAUUUGCUAUUCGAAAAUGGAGAAACUUUGAAGAUCUAGUUUCGCAAACGUUUGAAUUUAUCACCAAAUACUCUGGUGUGCUUUUUACGCCAUAAAUAUCUGACACAAAAUAUAUAGAAAUCUCACUGUGGUACGUUGUGUACACUUGUGUUGAGCUUUGGUAAGCUUGAAUUCCAUCUAGAAGUUGAAAUCAGUGGCCUACUUUGGAAGCUCUGUAAUUCUGUCAGUUAUUCAACAUUCAUAUAUUUAUUGUUAAUUUCAUUGUUAAUAACAAAUUUUACGCUAAAGGCUCAGUAUACACCUCACCGUUCAAUUCUUACUUGUACCGAUGUAUUGUCGUAUUUGCCUAUUUCACUCCUGGUGUUGGUGCUGCUAGUUUUUCAUCCAAAUCAGGCGUAGAUGUGUUUAAAAUGUAAAUAAUAUUGACUAAGUAAGUGUUUUAUACAGGUCAUAUACUGGUAAAGUGUACGUUUUCUUCCUCCAAACUACUACAAAGAUCUCGCUAGUCAGCUUAUAAUAAAUUUUAUUUUCAUGUGUUAAA